AUUGAUCAAGGAUAGAGCCACUUCGCACUCAGAGUCCCGUGAGAUCUAAUUGUUUUAAGUUGUUUUUAUAAGUAGUGUACGUUUGUAUCUUUCGAGACUCGUCCGAAAUAGCGUUCCACAAUUUCGAUGCAGCGUAUCUCCAUGAUCUUAAGCCGAAAGUUGUUGAUCUUACUUUCGGAAGGUCCAGUAUUGUGGUGCCCCUAAGGUUAAAGAUGACAAAAACUUCAUCGAUCCACAUUUUCAAAGCUCAAACCUUAGACAUGCCCGGGAUACUACAUGUGGUAUUUCUAUAGGUACACUGCAUAAACAAUGCACUUUUUUCGGCAAGAACUACUCCUAACAAUACAAAAUAAAAUAAAGCUGGCCCAAAACGAGAAGCUAAGAAAACAAUGUUUCUUUGUCCUUUCUUUGUCCUAUUUGGAACGCGGUAUAUGACAUUUUUACCUAAGCUUUCAAAUAACCAAGGCAUCACGUUCAUUGCAUAUCAUUAUUUGAUUUGUUUACUGGACAGGAAUUAGUCUAAGUGAUAGCUGGACAGUCUUCAGUCAUGUCAAAGCCAGCUGACAUUGCCUUAACUGCAGUGCUCACCAUUUUGAUCAUCACGGACACCGUUUCUAACCUCCUCGUGAUCUUUGUCAUUAAGAAAAAUAAAGAUAUGAGGACUCCAAUCAGUUAUCUACUUGUGAACCUAGCUGUAUCAGAUAUCACGUUCGCGGUGUUUGUUGCACCGAAUCACAUUUUGAAGAAAAUAUUCACCCACCCGGAGGGGGGCGGUGGUUCAGAGUUAUGCAGAAUGCUGACAAGUGGAAACUUCGCAUGGGUGGGUGCGGCUUCCUCGUCUCUCACUCUGGUUGCUAUUGCUGUUGAACGCUAUUACACUGUCAUGGGUCCCCUUGGUAGCAAAGGAAAACUUAACAAGCGAAGAGUGAAGGUGAGUAAGCAGCAAUAUAUCUGAGAGACUGACCUGAGGUGACGAAUGAGAAGCACACUUGUGGCCUCCAAAGUUUUGUUGUGAAGUCGUUGUAAAUAAUUCUUAGUUGACCUGUAUGUAGAAAGAUACAAACAAAAUUCGUUGGCAUUUAUUUCAAAGGAACUAGCAACAACCACAGUCUCUUGAAAG